CGAGGUUCUUCCCAGCGAGGCCGAGAAGGUCUUUACGGAAAACCCUGCAUCCGGACACGCCUUGAGGGAAGGCGUCAAACCCAGAGGCAUGGAAAAGACAACAAGGGAGGUGUCACAGUUUUCCAUUUAGAUCAACAAAUUCAAGUUCUUACCAUGGAAAAUUCCGAGAAGACUGAAGUGGUUCUCCUUGCUUGUGGUUCCUUCAAUCCCAUCACCAACAUGCACCUCAGGUUGUUUGAGCUGGCCAAGGACUACAUGAAUGGAACAGGAAGAUACACAGUUGUCAAAGGCAUCAUCUCUCCUGUUGGUGAUGCCUACAAGAAGAAAGGACUCAUUCCUGCCUAUCACCGGGUCAUCAUGGCAGAACUUGCUACCAAGAAUUCCAAAUGGGUGGAAGUUGAUACAUGGGAAAGUCUUCAGAAGGAGUGGAAAGAGACUCUUAAGGUGCUAAGACACCAUCAAGAGAAAUUGGAGGCUAGUAACUGUGAUCACCAGCAGAACUCACCUACUCUAGAAAGGCCUGGAAGGAAGAGGAAGUGGACUGAAAAACAAGAUUCUAGUCAAAAGAAAUCCCUAGAGCCAAAAACAAAUGCUGUGCCAAAGGUCAAGCUGCUGUGUGGGGCAGAUUUAUUGGAGUCCUUUGCUGUUCCCAAUUUGUGGAAGAGUGAAGACAUCACCCAAAUCGUGGCCAACUAUGGGCUCAUAUGUGUUACUCGGGCUGGAAAUGAUGCUCAGAAGUUUAUCUAUGAAUCGGAUGUGCUGUGGAAACACCAGAGCAACAUUCACGUGGUGAAUGAAUGGAUCACUAAUGACAUCUCAUCCACAAAAAUCCGGAGAGCCCUCAGAAGGGGUCAGAGCAUUCGCUACUUGGUACCAGAUCUUGUCCAAGAAUACAUUGAAAAGCAUAAUUUGUACAGCUCUGAGAGUGAAGACAGGAAUGCUGGGGUCAUCCUGGCCCCUUUGCAGAGAAACACUGCAGAAGCUAAGACAUAGGAAUUCUACAGCAUGAUAUUUCGGACUUCCCAUUUGGGGAUCUGAAACAAUCUGGGUGUUAAUAACUGGGGAAAGAAGUUGUGAUCUGUUGCCUAAACUAAAGCUUAAAAGUUUAGUAAAAAUCGUCUGUGCGCAGUGGCUCACGCCUGUAAUCCCAGCACUUUGGGAGGCUGAGGCAGGUGGAUCACGGGGUCAAGAGAUCCAGACCAUCCUGGCCAAUAUGGUGAAACCCCAUCUCUACUAAAAAUACAAAAAUUAGCUGUGUGUGGUGGCACGUGCCUGUAGUCCCAGCUACUUGGGAGGCUGAGGCAGGAGAAUCGCUUGACCCCAGGUGGUGGAGGUUGCAGUGAGCCAAGAUCAUGCCACUGCACUCUAGCCUGGUGACAGAGCAAGACACCAUCUCAAAAAAAAAAAAAUUUUUAGUAAAAAUCAAUGGUAAGCUAAAAUAAGUUUUUGUUUGUUUAUUUGUUUGUUUUUGAGAUGGAGUCUCUACUAAAAAUACAAAAAAUUAGCUGAGCAUGGUGCCGCAUGACUGUAAUCCCAGCUCCUUGGGAGGCUGAGGCAGGAGAAUUGCUUGAACCCGGCAGGCAGAGGUUCCAGUGAGCCAAGGUCGUGCCACUGCACUCCAGCCCAGGCAAAAGAGCAAAACUCCAUCUCAAAAAAAAAAAAAAAAAAAAAGACCGGGUGUGGUGGCUCACACCUGUAAUCCCGGCACUUUGGGAGGCCUAAGUGGGUGGAUCACGUGAGGUCAAGAGUUCAAGACCAGCCUGGCCAUUAUGGUGAAACCCCAUCUCUACUAAGAAUACAAAAACUUAGCCGAGCAUGGUGGUGGGCUCCUGUAGUCCUGGCUACUUGGGAGGCUGAGGCAGAAGAAUCGCUUGAACCUAGGAGGCAGAGGUUGCAGUGAGCCAAGAUCAUGCCGUUGCACUCCAGCCUGGGUGACAGAGCGAGACUCCAUCUCAAAAAAAAAAAAAAAAAAGAAAAAGCCUAACAGCUAGCAGGUUUCAGGAUCCAUCUGCCAGGUCAGUGAAAGGCUGGAGCCUCAAAUCCUACAGAUGAUGGUCAUUUUCUCCUCCUUAGCUUCUUGGAGUUUAAGAGUUGAAGGAGCCUUGAAAAGUAAUGAUAGAGCAAGAUGAAGCUAUCAGAACUGAAUUUGGACUUCCUCUGGGGAACUACACCUAGUUCAUCUGAAGUGUCGUGUAAACUGCAGAAAGGUUCCAAUGCUGGAAACUUCUCUCAUACUGUUGUGCCUUCCUACUUAGAAUUGCCUGUGCCCUGCUCAGCUGUGACUACUGACCUCAGGACCUCACUGGACAAGGCAUGUGGGGACCCUUGCAGGAGACCUGAUGAGGGUGCAAUGAUCCUAUUGUUUUUUGUUUUUGAGAUGGAGUCUCACUCUGUCUCCCAGGCUGGAGUGCAGUGGCGCGAUCUUGGCUCACUGCAACCUCCGCCUCCUGGGUUCAAGCAAUUCUCCUGCCUCAGCCUCCUGAGUAGCUGGGAUUACAGGCACCCACUACCAUGUCCGGCUAAUUUUGUAUUUUUAGUAGAGAUGGGGUUUCGCCAUGUUAGACAGGCUGGUCUUGAACUCCUGACCUCAGGUGAUCUGCCCACCUCGGCCUUCCAAAGUGCUGAGAUUACAGGCGGGAGCCACCGCACCCAGCGUGAUCCUAUUGUUGCAUUAUUUAUGGAGCAACAACUUUGUACAAAGAACAAGCUUUGUACAGAGAACAAGCUUGGCUUUUUCUCCCAACGCCGAGGAUGCUGUUGAUGCUGCCACAUAAUAGCAUAAUUUUGGGUGUCCUCAAGGACAGAACUUCCACUUUGAAUAAUGGAAGUUAGAGCAAUGAAUUUCACAGGGGAAUAAAUAUUAAUGACUGAUGUGAAGAAAAUAUGCCAUUGUUUAUUUCCUCCUGCAUCAUCUCCAUAAUUUGCUUUUGUACUGUGAAUUUAGAGGAAAUGUGUGAUGCUGGUGUUUUGUUUGGCUUGUUUGUUUGAUGCUGGGGAUUUUAUGUGUUGUACCCUUUACCCCUUACAUUGUGUAAUUUGAAUGUGGCAAACAAACCUGCAGUAAAAGUCCUUGAUUGGCAUCUUCAUCUGGAUGAUGGAGAGCCUUUGUGGUAGUGUUUGCCUAUGUGAACAGCAGGCCUUUCAGAUAAGAGAAGUGGCUUUUCCUUGGUGAUGAAGGGGUGGAGAUUGAGCCAUGGGGAUGGUUUAGGUUAAAGAAUGCAUUUUUUUGGCCAUAAUGAGGAUCUAACAACAGAGUAGAAGGAAGGAUGCCCUAGGUCAGCAUGCAGGGUGGUGGGAGGGCUUUCAUCUUCCUUACCCAAGCUUCUCUUUUCACUUUUCCAGAAGUCCGGAAGUUGUUAUAUGAUGAAAUAGCCUCCUUUAACAUUUAUUUCUGGGUGCUAAGGGAGGGCCAUUCCUCUAACAUUCUCAUAAUUCUUCUCAAAGGCCUAUGAUGUAAACAUUUCACCAUGGCAUCCACUUAGCUGUGAGGCUGCACACACAGUCUCCACCUCUGAAAUCUGAACUUCAUUUACCAGUGGUGCUGUUUGAACUUCAUAAUGCCAGCACUUCCUGAACACUUACUGUGUGCUUGGCUUGUGCUCCUGAGUGCCUUAUAUCAUAAGGAAACAGCAAAAUCAGGGGACUGGUAUAAAUGGUGAAGCUGGGCUUGAAUCUAAGCUUUGUCUUCAGAGCCAGUACCCGUAACCUCUCUUUCUGUAAAAUACUACUUUUCAAAGAAUGAAGUUGUAACCAAAUCUUGAAAUUUUUCAUUUACCCUAAAUGAGGACAAAUAAAGCUUUCAACAACA